AUGGGUGGAACCCGGCGUGGUCAAGCUGAAAAUGAGGGACGAUGUUCUGGCUCCCUGUCAUGGCGUUUAGCAAGAGGUGAAACACAGGCUGUCGGCAUCUCAAGUUACACCUUCAAACUUAAACCAGAAGAAAUUGAAAAGAAAGAGUUUAUGGUGAAGUAUUCAUCAGCUAGAGAUGAAUAUUUAAGAGUUUCAGCAGGUGAAAUGAUGAAGGGUUGGAAUUCUGGCGUCAAAUCAGCAAGGGAUAUAAUAAGAAAACACGAAACUGACUGGAAAAUGGUAUAUGUAUCACGAAGAGAAAAAAGCAGUGUUGGUGAAAUAAGCUGGGUAGUGGAUUGGUCGCACACUGGACUUAAAGCCAUAUCAGUACUGAUUGUGUUUCAGCAUGCCACAUUUGAAAGUGGAAGUGUUACAUGGCAGCUUUGUACUGGAGACAAGUGCUUCCUGGGAAACAAAGAAGGUGUACUGGAGCUUUUCCAAUGUGACUUGGAGCAUGAGGCAUCAAUAAUUGAACUAUCAGCACGUCUUUUAAAUGGUCAAGGAGAAAAUGCCUGGCAACAUGCUCAACUCUUUCGUCAGUCAGACAGCUCUCUUGAUCAAUUCCCAUUUCUGAUACACAUUAAAUAUAACUGAAUUGUGUUUGGAAAGUAGGUUAUACAGCUUAGCCAAGUUACAGAGUGAGCUUGUGAUGCCUCUACCUCACACUUUGUAAAUAUAUUGUUGAAGUCUGUGUAGUAUAGUGCCAUGCAAUACUGUUUUUACUUUUGUACCUUUUAACAUGGUGUAGUAGGUAUGCAAGUAUCUCUGUCAAGUAUUCUCUUUUUUUUUUUUUUUUUUUUUUUUUUUCAACAAGUCGGCCGUCUCCCACCGAGGCAGGGUGACCCAAAAAAGAAAGAAAAUCCCCAAAAAGAAAAUACUUUCAUCAUCAUUCAACACUUUCACCACACUCGCACAUUAUCACUGUUUUUGCAGAGGUGCUCAGAAUACAACAGUCUAGAAGCAUAAACAUAUAAAGAUACACAACAUAUCCCUCCAAACUGCCAAUAUCCCAAACCCCUCCUUUAAAGUGCAGGCAUUGU